AUGGUUCCCUGGGACGGUCCCUCCCUCUCGACGCCUCCGCCGCUUCUUCUCCUCCUCCUCCUCCUCAUCUCAUCUCUCUGUCGCCUCCGCCACCAACAAUCUUCGCGGUGCCCACAUAUCGCUUACGCGCUCCUCCUCUCCGUUCUCUUUCUCCCUAGCCUCUGUCCCGGUGCCAAACCGACCAAGACCCCUUUCCGACCACUGUUUGCCGUCCGAUGGGUUCUUUUUGCCUUUUUGGUCUUUCAUAGUAUUUAUUAA